CUUAACCAUAAAAUCAGGAAAUGGUCUUAGUCGACGUUUGCUCCUCUAUAUGUCCGUACGUCGAUAAUAUCCGAGAAGUGUCUUCCAUCAAUGAGAACGUGGUCAAUCUGGGAAUAUGUCUGCUGUGGUGAUCUCCAGGUGUAGCUGAAGCGAGGUGCGUGCUGGAAAAAGGUGCUGCGAAUGGUCAUGUGCUUGAAGGAGGCGAAGUUUACAAGGCGAAGCCCGUUGUCGUUCGUCAGCUGGUGGGCGCUGAAACUUCCAAUUGUGGGAUUAAAUACCUCCUCCCGUCCGACCUGAGCGUUAAAAUCUCCGAUGACAAUCUUGACGUCGUGUUGUGGACAGCAGUCGUACUCUCUCUCCAGCUGCAUAUAAAAGUUCUCCUUAUCGUCAUCGGUACUUCCAAGGUGCGAACUAUGCGCAUUAAUAAUGCUCAAAUUGAAGAACCUCCCCCGGAUCCUCAACCUUCACAUACUUUCAUUGAUCGGCCACCAUCCGAUCACUCGCUUUCGCAUCUCACCUAUGACCAGCAACGCCGUACCGAGCUUUUCCCCACCACUUUGGUAGAUCAUGCAAUCACUGCGAUAGGGGCGCUCCGUAACUCCUUACCAUCGCACCUCCUGAAGUGCUACAACUCCGAAGCCGCGGGCCCUCACCUCGUCCGCAAGAAUGCGGGUACUUCCGGGUGCCGUAAGGGAUCCGCAGUUCCAUGUUCCAAGUUUCCAAUCGUUAGUCGUAUUUCGUAGCGUGGGUCAUUUACCGUUCGAAUCAUUUUGAUGUCCUUCCGUUGCGGUGGUAUUGGGGGUGGCUUGCAAGGCCUCUCCCCCAACCCCCUGUCUCGACGGAGGGCCUACGCUUCGCAGUUGUUUAAAGUCCCGUACGAAGCCAGGACAGAAGAGAGAACCAGCCGCCCCUGACAUGGAGAACAGACGCUAGCACCUCUCCAUCCUCCCAAUUUGGCCAUAUCACCCAUCCUCUCAAGGGGUUGGGUUUCCCCGUAUACCCAAGCUCAGAUAUUGGAGAAACAUGUUACCGUUCUGUACGCCGGGGACGUAUUGGGUGGGAGUAAGGAAUGGAGAGCCUAUGUUAUCUUUCUAGAAGCUUCGGAUCCAUUCCCGUAUCAGUGGAGUAUUGCUACUACACUGCCAACAGAACCAGGAAAAUUAUUAGUAUUCGUUUUAUAUACUUAUAGGUACAAACUGGAACAAUCUUUGCUACGAAGAAGAAACAGCAAGCAAUUCAGGCAACGUUACAAAAAGCCAGCAUCGAUUUUGCUACGAAAUGUCUAACAUCGAUAAUCGUCCAGCAUCACCCUCCCUGGCAGAUAUCCAUAAGGCUAUUUUGCAACUUUCAGAAAUGCCUCAACUUACAGUUGCGAGAAUUCCUUCAGCGUCCAGUGGCAACGUUAAUGCUCGGAGCGCACUGACUGCUGUGUCUAAUCCGCCAGCGACGCUGGCAGUGGACAGUCUGCCAACGACGCCGCUUAGUUUGAGUGGCAUAACCGAAAGAGCUUGUGCAUCCCCAAGCACAUCCACUGCCAGCGAACGACUUUGCUGCAACCAUGAAAUGUUGUUGCGGGUGGCCGAAGACAGGAUCCAACAUCUGGAGCAGGAGAUCGUGUUCCUCCGGAACAAAGUUGAUGGUAAACUGAACGUUAUCAUCGACAACUAUCCCUCGGGAAGGCAAGCAUUGAAGGAAUAUUUACCGAUAAACCGACCGAGAGAAGGGGUUUUUCCUGGGUCGAACUUUGAGUUAGUACCAUUGGAGAAUGAGAGAGAAUUGAAAGAGUUUAAUAGAGUAUUGUGUACGGAUGCGGAUUACGAACUCAAGGUUGUGCAAUUUUUGCAGCGGAAAAUAUCCUGCGCAGAUGUUAAAAAUCGUAUGCACCAGGCGAUCGAUUUGCUAUUCAGCAAAGCAUUUUUUGCCCAAAUAACUUGGACUGGUCUCAGUAAAACAGGGGAACAGAAAGUAGAAUUUAGGAGGUAUUCGAAAGUUUUACAGCUAUUCAUACCCAUAGCAGGUAAUGAGUUGCCAACACCAAAAUAUGUGGAAGAAUUUCUCAAGCUAAAACUAAAACACGCUAAGUCUCGCGUACAUAUUCCUGCAACAAAAGCGACUUCUAGCCAUAAGAAACCUAGAUUUACUUAGCUAGUAAGUGUAUGCAGGUUUAAGGUUAGGAUACGGGAUUAAGUAGUUUUUGGUCACUACAUAAUUUAUACUUACUCCUAUUAUAAUUGAUUAAUGUUAUAAGGUUUCUUGUUUUAGUUUUUUUCAUGGAUUCUUUUUGUUUUAGAUAAGAUAAGAUUAAUUUAACUAUAAAAUCGGUUUUAUACAUGCGUGCAUAGCAGAGAUACUCUGCCGCAUACUUUCCAUGCCUUACACUGUUUUAGAUUAUUUGUACGACGUUGUAGUAUUCACUCAAAUGUGCGAAACGUUCAAUGGGUUUGCUGACACCAACAGUUUAGUAGGUAGUAGGUAGUGAUGGAAAAAAUUCCAAAAAAAAGGAGCGAUUUUGAAACGUUCACUCCUGGAAAAGAGCGGAAUCACUCCAACAGGUUUUUGAACCUGGUCCUACGAAAAAAAUGUAUGAGCCUGAGAUGCCCUGCAGACCGGUGGGGGGGCCGAUAAUACCGAUCACAGACAGAAUAAUUUUUCAUGUGCUACACUGAAAAGUGUACAAUGUAAUUAUAUUGCAAUGCAAGAUUCUAGCGCA